CCUCUCGGUCGCUCAUAAACUUAGAUAUAACCGAUAUCCCUCUCUAUUUCCUGUUUCUUUCAGGUGUCUACACUCUUCACUUUUUGCGGACCUGAUCUACUUAGUCGCUGGUGGUUUUCACCCGGCUGCCCCACUCCGCCGUUCUCCGCAACCGCCAUCACUCUACCAACACAAGUACACUUAACUAGACGAUCAAUUUCCCGACUGCGCUCCUCACCAAACACAACCCCAUUGAUCUCGAAAAUUAUUCUUGAUAGACACUUAGUGCAGUCAUCGUCAACCUCACCUCACCAUGUCGUCCGUCGCUCAAAAACGUCUCUUCCACGAGUACAAGAACCUCUCCACCAACCCACCGGACGGGAUCACCGCUGGGCCCGUCACCGAGGACGACAUGUUCCACUGGGAGGCUCUCAUCGAGGGACCAGGUGGCACGCCCUUUGAGGGUGGAGUGUUCGCGGCGGAGUUGAAAUUCCCUAAGGACUACCCGUUAAGUCCGCCGACGAUGAAAUUCGUGGGAGGUGGGGUCUGGCAUCCGAAUGUCUACCCCAACGGAACUGUCUGUAUCUCCAUCCUCCAUCCCCCCGGCGACGACCCCAACCACUACGAGCAUGCUUCGGAACGAUGGUCGCCCAUUCAGAGCGUGGAGAAGAUCCUCAUCUCAGUGAUGAGCAUGCUGGCGGAGCCCAAUGACGAGAGUCCCGCGAAUGUCGAAGCCGCCAAGAUGUGGCGAGAGCGGAGAAACGAGUACGAGCGGAAAGUGCGCGACGAGGUGCGGAGAGGGUUGGGGUUGUGAAUCGUGGGCUAGGGGAUGCCGUCUUUCGAAAGGGAGGGUCGGUUGGCUGAAGUGGAGGAGUAGACAGGCAGGAAGAGAAGGAGGGAAAGGUGGGUGGCUCUGUGCCAUACGUAUAUAUAUGCUCUGUUUGUCGUGUUCGUGAUGUGUUCUCUUCGUCGCCAGGCGCUUGGUAUGCAUAGCUGGUCUCUGUUGUCGAUGCAUGCGUUAUUACUAGUCUUGGAUUGACUGCUGAAAUUCGGGGCUGGCGUUAGUGGCUUUUUACAAUUCUCC